GUGCGAGCAGUGUUUAUCAAAUAGUAAACAAAGAUUUUAAAAUUAUACGUUGGACGAAUCACAGACCCGUAUUAAAUUACUCAAUACUAUGCAUCAUUUUCCUAUAAUGCUAUUUGAGCAAACCGGUUGUCUGGUUUUCCUCAACAUUACAUAUAUUUCGCAAUAUUUAAACACCAAUAUAAAUCAUGCUCAGCGGCGGUUGUAGUUUCACUAGUUUCAGUUUCGCGCAUUCGUCAUGAGUACCUAUACAGAGAGUGAUAGUUGGCGAGGGGUUAAUUUAACCGAUAUAUGGGGGGCGGAGUCCCCGUGGGGCGCUCCGGAGUUCCCCGCAGUGGGCCCGGGGGAUGAUCACGCAGUGUUGUAUAUUAUACCAAGUUUGGGGUCGGGUGAUCAGCCCUUGGAACCUGUGAUUGGUGAAGACAAGUGGGAUGAUGAUUUCGUCAAAAUGCCGUGCUCGAGUCAAAGUUUACUCCAGGUUCAAGAUAGCUCAGGUGAAAUACACAUGAAGAAGCGUUGGGAUUUAAUCCGGAGCGCCCUGAGUCAGCCAAUCGGGAACAGCCAGAAGCUGGCAGAUGCCAUCUUAAGCUACAACACGCAGCUCAAGGACACUUGGAAGUUCAAGGCUCUGCACAAGCUGUUCAAUGAGCAUUUAGAAAAGGAGGAAUCCCAGAACUUCUUCGAUGUUACUCUGCCUUUGAUGACUAAGUUAGCCCUAGACUUGCCUAGGCUGAUUCAAACCCCAAUACCAGUGUUAAAACAAAACAAGAACCAGUCGAUAUCGAUAACGCAGCAGCAAAUAGCGAGUCUGCUCGCCAACGCGUUUUUCUGCACGUUCCCGCGGCUCAAGCAAGAAGAAGGCAAGGAAAAGACGUCAGAAUACGUUUUCAUGCCCCGCUUUAACUUUAAUACCCUCUAUGAAACGUCUGGGGCCGACCACGUGCUGGGCAAGCUUAAGUGUCUCCUUAAUUACUUCAAAAGAGUGUGCUCUGAAGUCCGACCGGGUGGUGUGGUCACAUUCUCCCGCCGGUCAAUGCCUGACCGCUGCCCCGACUGGGCACAGUCAUCGGCUCCCCUAUCUGUGCCUCUACACGUUGACUCCUCGAGCGGGAUAGAGGGCGCUCACGGUUUGAUACAGAUGGACUUCGCUAACAAACGUCUCGGCGGCGGCGUGCUGCGCCGCGGCUGUGUGCAGGAGGAGAUCCGCUUCGUCAUCUGCCCGGAGCUGCUAGUUUCCAUGCUGUUUACCGAGACGCUGUUGCCGCAUGAAGCAGUCAUGAUCAUAGGUUGCGAACGCUACAGUAACCAUUCGGGGUACAGCAGGACGUUCCGUUUCGAAGGCGACUAUCGUGACGUCACACCGACGGACGCGUGUCGUCGCCGUCGCGUCGCCGUGCUCGCUAUGGACGCGACGCCUUAUAGAGGGGACAAAUAUCUGCAAUACACUCUAUCGGCGAUAAAUAGGGAGCUCAAUAAGGCAUGGAUCGGUUUUAGCUUUUACUCCGACGACUCCCCGGGGCUCCAGUACCCUGGGAUAGCUACAGGCAACUGGGGCUGCGGGGCCUACGGCGGUUUCCCGCAGCUGAAGACUCUCAUACAGCUGAUGGCGUGCGCGGAGGCGCGGCGGCCGAUGGCGUACUACACGUUCAACGACGCGGGCAUUCGGGACGAGUUCGUCAGCAUUUAUGACUUGCUCAAGGAACAUAAGGUUACAGUUGCCCAACUGUACCAGUUGAUCGCGCAGUUUAGCUUAACGGACGUGCGCAGUGGCAACCUGCACGCCUUCAUACAACGCGCGCUGAGCGGAGAUGUACCCUUAGUUGAAGAUACGGGUCAGACGUCUAAAGCCUGAUAUAAUAGGACUAUUGUCAAGAGGGCGCUGUUAUUAUGAUGUAUACUUACGGUGACAGUUCGUCAGAAAAGGAUGGAGAAAAUAGUCCAAAUGAGAUUCCGCAACAUGGCGGAUGGCGCGUAGUCAAUUAGUCAUAUAUUUCUGGUUAGGAUUUACAACCGAUUCAACGGGUUAAGGACGAGGGUUGACUGGAGUUUUUUUCCGCGCGUGUAUGGAUGUUUUGCGUUUUGCGUGUUUUUAGAGGUCCGUUUAAGGGCGUUUCCGGAAUCACGGGCCGGAAUCAAGAGAUCACCGGUAAAAACAAGCUGAUUAUGUUAUUAAACGUGAAAACCUUUUUACCAAUCGGUAUUGUAAAGCAAGCUGGGAUUUAUUUUUAUACCUGUAAAAGUUAGUUCACUAAAUAGUAAAAUUAUCUGGUGAUCUUGGAUCAAAACUGUUACUCUGUACUAGUUAGGCCGGCAACAGACAGUCUUAAAAUUCAUAAUCUCAAAAAAUCAUAAUCUUACAAAAAUCAGAUCGAGUGCACGGAGUUGCAUACAAUUUCGCGACUGUCCACACACACUCU